AUGGGCGUCAAGCUACCAGCCAGCCACCGACGGAACGACGUGUUGCUGCAAGCGUACAGCGGUUACGGGAUUCAAGCCAGUAUCACGGACUACAAACGUGCGUUUGCAAGGUUGACACCGCAUGCCAUCAAAGGGUGUGUUAAAGUCGCUGAAGGCAAGCUUCAAAAGAUUCAUGGCCAUCUCGUUCAAGUUAAUGCACUUGAGGCCGAUGAAGAAUUCUCGGUGGGAAGCGGAAGUUGGAGGCAAAACUAG